GCCACUUUGAGUGGGGUCAAGGGGCAACCACGUGGGUCGAAUAAGAGGGUCGAAUUUAGUUAUUGUGACAGAGAAAGAUUUGACGGUAUUUUUAUUUUUGGAUAGGGGUAUUGUUUUGUGAAGGUGUGCUAUUGCUUUAGAUGGGGGAUGGGCUUGCGAAACUUUAACCACUUCAAUGACUUGCUGCCGAGAGCUUGAUUUAUGUUGCAUCAAUGCGUCCGUCUAUAUUUUCCAACUUUUUAGCCAUGCAUAACAUCGCUUGCAAUGUUAGCACGUGUUUCUGGACUAUUUGGGGAUUAGAACUGGACGAGAGUAUAAUGUGCAUUGCUUUUUAGACGUCAAGUGGUUAAUGGUGUCUUGUCUCGCGAAUCGGUCUGACUCGCCCCCCGGUUGCUGCAUUUGUCCCAAGAUGACCUGUUGAUGUCGGGAAAAGAUGGAGCCGAGUCCCCCUUCCUCCUCCUCCAAAAUGGAGUAGAAUUUAACCACAGAAUAUUUUAUGUGAAAUCCAAUGAUUGCGCCGCGUGCAUACAAAUAUGACUACUACUUAAUUUGCAUGCGAUUUGCAAGUAUGCUGCGGGAGAGUGAUAAUAAUAAUGCAUGCAUAUGGAUGUUGCUGGGCGAAUCCAAACGUUUUCGGUAUAACGGUUAGAUUAGAUGUCAUGGUAUGUGCAGUGCUGUAACUCAGCCCGACAUUGCAUAGCAUUACACUGGCACCGAGGGGGCGAGGGAAACGGAUGUGGGCUCCUCAAUAAUUCAUCUAUCAGACUAUUUUGGUGACAGGAUUUUUGAGGGCUGAGCAGCUUUUACCUCUUUGGUCGCCACAUCAAGUGUGGAAACCAGGCAAUUGGGGAAUUAUUUCUUAUUUUGUUUUUUUUGCCCCCUGGGGCCCGUGCCAGCCCGGAGCUCGUGUCCAGCUGGGCAGCGGUGCGGGGCACACACACUCACCGGGUACCGCAGCCCCGCCGCGGCCGCCACAUCACAGAAACACCGGCGCCCGACUCUCAACAACUCUGUAGUGCUGGGCUUUACGACAUGGCUCAGAUGCUGCAGAUGGCGAUUCCCAACUUUGGCAACAAUGUCCUGGAGUGUCUUAAUGAGCAGAGACUUCAGGGACUGUACUGUGAUGUGUCAGUGGUGGUGAAGGGUCACACAUUUAAAGCCCACCGGGCAGUGCUGGCUGCCAGCAGCUCCUACUUUCGAGAUAUGUUCAACUCUGGAAGUAAGAGCUCCGUCGUGGAGUUACCACCAGCAGUCCAGCCUCAGAGCUUCCAGCAGAUCCUUUCCUUCUGUUACACAGGCCGACUUUGCAUGAACUUGGGUGAUCAGUUUCUGUUAAUGUACACGGCAGGAUUCCUACAGAUUCAGCAGAUUAUGGAAAAAGGCACAGAGUUCUUCCUAAAGGUCAGCUCACCAAGUUGUGAUUCACAGGGCCUUCACACAGAAGAAACACCACCCUCAGAACCCCAGAGCCCUGUUGCUCAAACUGGAAGUGGUACUGUAGGUGCAGUCCCCACAGCAACAGCUCGACCUGCUUCCUGCCUAACACCCCUUCCAUUGGUGUCAAGGGUGAAGACAGAGCAGCAACCUCAGGCCCAGCAGCCCCAACAAGAAGCAUCAUCAUAUUCAGUGGUUUGCACUCCAGUUGCUAAGCGUCUUUGGGAGGGAGGUAGCCGUGAAGGAGGUGGAGGAUCAGGAGGAGGGGGAGGUAUGAGGAAAGCACCCCGCUAUUCGCAGGACGUGUCAAGGUGCACAGGAGGGGCACAGCCUCAAAGUGCAGCCUUAUUGGGUGGAAGCGGUACCAGUAAUAGCAACAGCAACAACAAUAACAACAACAGCAGUAGCACACCGGAAGGCACCAGCCCAGGCACACCCAGCAUGUACACCAGUGAUUCGCCAAUCUCUUACCAUGACGAUGAUGAAGAAGAGGAAAUCACAGAUGAAACCACGGAAGAACAGUACAGACAAAUCUGUAAUAUGUACACUAUGUACAGCAUGUUAAACGUAGGGGCAACGGCCAGCGAACGAGUGGAAUCACUUCCAGACCACCUCACAGUUGAAUCAAGGGGAAGAGGAGUUCGAGUGAGGCAAGAUCUGGCCUCUCUUCCCACUGAGCUUAUUGCACAGAUCGGAAACCGCUGUCAUCCUAAACUCUAUGAAGAAGGUGACCCUGCUGAGAAACUGGAGCUAGUAACAAGCACCAGUGUUUUUAUUUCACGUGCUCAGCUGAUGAACUGCCACGUUAGUGCGGGCACACGCCACAAAGUGUUGCUCAGGCGGCUCCUUGCUGCCUUUUUUGACCGAAGCACCCUUGCAAACAGCUGUGGGACAGGCAUUCGGUCCUCCACAAAUGACCCCAACCGCAAGCCACUGGACAGUCGGGUUCUCCAUGCUGUUAAGUUUUACUGCCAGAACUUUGCUCCUAGUUUUAAAGAGAGUGAAAUGAAUGCGAUCGCUGCAGACAUGUGCACUAAUGCGCGGCGUGUGGUACGCAAGAGCUGGAUUCCGAAACUGAAGCUUCUGAUGGCAGAAAGUGAUGCUUAUGCCAACUUUCUUCCGGACGCUGCCAAAAUGGAGUCUGAUGGCUUGGCUGUGGAGCAUGCUUUUGACACAGGAUCCCUUGAAGGUGGUACAGCCUCAGAAUCAGGCCAGUCAUCUACAGAUGCCCUGCAAGGUGUGAGCGGGGAUGGUAACAGCUUGUUUUAGUGAGUAACACUACCGUGCUUCAGCUAUUCUUUCCUCUUCCACUCCUCCAUCAUAUCCCAGUCUCACCUUGGCGUUGAUGUCAUCUGGGAAUAAUGAAGUGUAUCUUUAUGAAGCUGGUCAUUUUUAUUUCCUUGUAGAUUUUUUUUUUGAUUGUACCUUGGAGGCCCUCCUUGUCACACUGCAGAAACACAUUCCUGAAAAGGAGGGACCUCUGGGGCCAUUUGUUGUGAGCUGAAGGGGAAAUGGUGUCUGGAAGCUCUUAUCCAGUCUGAAAACACUGUCAUGAUUCUGAAUGUAUCUUUUUGGAGAAUCCAGAAAUUAAUGUUGCUGGAAAUAAGAUUAUAUUCAUCUGUUAAUAUUUAGUGGCUGUAUAUCUGCUUUCUGGACCCCAUUUCCUCUUUCUGCACAAACACCUUACAAUUUUUGUUCUUUUAAAUUACUUAUAUAUACAAACAACAUUUGUAAAAAAAAAAAAAUUGCCAACUUUUCCACUUUUUUUUUUUUGCCAAAUAUCCCAAGAGAGGCAGUGUAUCAUUUAUGAUUUUAAUGAAUUAGUAAGAGGCAGAUUAAUCUGUUCUGCUAUAUCUGAAACUGCUGUUGUGUUUUGAUAGAGAGAGUCUGUGCAAGACCUGUGCACCUUUUGAAUCAAUGAAUAGUGAAUUGUUUCCCACUUUUUUGCAUUUGCAAAAUCCAAAAUCUAUUUUAAUCAUUUUAUUUUGGUAUAUUACCAAGGCUUAAUAUUGUUACCUUAGAUUAAUUUAAUCAAAUCGCCACCAAAUAUCUCCAAAGGACCCCCCAAAACACUCCCACAAACUUAAAAAUCAUUUAAAUGUAUCUUUGUUCUUAGUAGUUUUGUAUAGACAACACAUAAGUAGGGGUCUGUGUGCUGUGUAAAUGUGUGUAUGGAGGCUGCAGAUGGUAGUUUUUGAAGUACGGUAUCUCACAGAUGACUGCUUCAUGCACCGAUCGCACAAGCGUGGUGCAUGCUGCCGCAUGGCACAUUCUGACGUGCUAUGCCUCAGCGCCUCUGACAGAGAUGCACUAAACGCUCUGAUGAGUGCAGUAUUAGAGAUUGGCACUGAACGGGCAUCAGUGCCCCAGCUACAGUGGUUCCAAACCACUAAAGACCACUCUGAGUGGAAGCUGUUUUGUAGUCUGUUUUGUAUGUGGAUUUGAAAAGUCCAUUUUUCUCUUGAUAGGUUUGAGUUUCAGAGAGAAAUUCUUGAAGUCUGUAAUGCCAAUGAAGAGCUGUUGUAACCCUAGGUUUAGAGCUGAAAGAAAGUGACCAUGUCAUUCAAAUUGUAGUUGCACUCUAAAAAUAUUUAAAGAUGUGUUAAAAUUAGAUUCCCAAAGUUUCAAGCACACUUAUGUCACGAAAUGCGGACUAUAUUGUUUGAUAUUAUUGAUUAUGGCUGAAGAAAGGCUUUGAUUGGACAAGAUCACCCCAAUCCAAAAGCAUGUUAUUUGUGGGUUUUAAACGUUUACAUUUUAUUUUUCCAUUUCUGACCUCUUCAUUUAAAAUGAUAGUUCACCCAAAAAUGAAAAUUGUCAUCCUCUACUCCCCCAUCCAUGCCAUUCCAAAUCUGUUAGACUUUCUUUAUUUUGUGAACCACAAAAGAAGAUAUUUCGAAGAGUGUUGGUAACCAAACCAAUCUGGUGACCACUGACUUCUAUUGUUUGGACUUAAAAAAGAAAAAGAAAAGAUUUUGCUUAAAAUACAUAAUACAGUUUCAAAAUUGUGUUGUAAUUCGAAAAUCAUAAAAUAAUCGCUACAAAACAGUUUUGGGUGAUCAAUUGGUUUAAAAUAAAAUUUUUAAACCCUUUUACUUAAAAGAUUGAUGAAAAGAAAGUUUGUCAAUACACUGCACUGGGCCAGGGGACAAAAGAAUUUUACCUCUCAGCCACGUGGUACAAUCCUAAGAGACUGCACCAAGUCUUAAUCAUAGCACGAUAGGAUGAGAAUGAGAUAUUUGCACAGAAAUCUGAACUGGAUUGUUCAGCACUGCCUUAAAUAGUGGAAGUUCGUGCCUGGGAGUCUUACACAGCCAGUCUGCGACAGAGAAGUGAAAGAAAUUGUGGGAAGGGGAGGGCAUGGAAUGCCUGAAUGAUCCUGCAUGCAUGCGUGCGUGCUGGUGUGCUCCCUACUUUUCCUCAGUGUUUGAGCCUCUUUUUUUCAUUUCCAUUUUUGGAGACACACGUGCUAAUGCCUGUGCAUUCAUGUGAGGAGGCUGACAGGAAAGCGAGAGCGUGCGCCAGAGGCAUGCUUUUUAUGCGUGUGCAUUUGUUUAUGUGUACGUGUUCAAAUGUAAGGUUUUUUUUUUUUUGCCAAAUGCACGUGUGAGAGAGGGUGGUGUUGGUGGAUGACUCUGGAAUAUGUGCGGUGUGUGUGUGUUGAUGGGUGGGUGGUAUGUGUGUAUGUAUGCAGAGAUCAGAGAGCUGUGUUUGUUUUUGUCUGACUCAGAGAGGGAGACAUACAGUGCAGACGCAAGCAGAGAGGGGAGGGAAUGUAUUGGUGAUGAGAUGGAUGCUCACACACACACACACUUAAACACACAACUGGUGCAGUGAGCCAUUUCCCAAAUGGAGGCAUCAAACGGUACGCUUCGACUAAACAAACCUUCAGCUCACACUGAAUCUCAUCUGAUUUGCCUUCUUUGGAUUUGUUUCUUCAUUGAAGAGUUAGCAUGAAAUCAAAAUGGAUCCUACUUUCCAUAAUUGUCUUAUUAUUUCACAUUUUUCAUGAUUUAAGUCAUUUUAUUUCAUGGUAAUGAUAUGCAUCACGAUGUUUUGCUUUAAGGUGUUUAUGAGAUCAACAUUUUUGAUACCAUAGAAAUGACAUAAUUCUUGUCACCAGAGUCAAUAUCACACAAAAAAAUAAAUAAUAAUAAUAAAUGUAUAUAUUUAUUUCUUCUUAUUAAAGUUACAAAAGUGAUUCAGUCAAGAGCUCUUUUGUUGUUUGAUUAACAUGAAUGACAGACACCUGCUGUCACUUUAAGAGCUGCCUGGAUACAGUAUAUUGUUACAGAUGUGUUUUUGGUAACCCUUUCUAUGAAGCCCAUAUUAAAAUACAUUAUAAAGAUAUUCUUAAGGCAUUAUAAUGAAUGCAUAAUGCAUUAUAUUAAAAAUGCAAUGUUUAUAUGUUUGGUUACAUUUUAUUUUGAUGGUCCCCUUAGUCUAUUGAAAAAUGCUAUAACUACAAAUAAGUAAAUAUUUUAAAACAUUAAAACUAUUAUAUAGCAUAUUAUACGUUUUUUUUAAUAUAAUGCAUUAUGCAUUCAUUAUAAUACCUUAAGAAUACCCGUAUAAUGUAUUAGAAAUAUGGGCUUCAUAUAAAGUGUUACUGCGUUUUCUUUCUUAGCUGUUUGCGUUCACUAAAAUGACUGUUUACGAGGAUACUUGCAUAAAUGGGCAUUGUGACACUCAGAGGUCUGUGUAUUAAACUGUUCAAGGCCUAUACAGUGGCAAAAAUAACUGCGUUCAAUACUCCCUUGCUCUAUGAGCAGUGUCUGACAGCGCUCAAAAACAGUGCAUGCAUAGAGAAAUGAAUUCUCUUUCACUGCUGAUUGCAUUUCAGUGGCUUAAAAUCACUUGUUUUUAAACCGCAAUGCUUUAAAACAUGUGUAAACGAUAUGUUUUCAUGACCACAUAGCACUGCAAUAUCCUGUGAGCAUGUAACAGCGAUAAAGACAGUAGUCGAAAACUUCAUAGACCUUUUACACACAAGAAUCUGUGCGCAAAAAUGACAAUUUCCCUCCCUACAUUUUUCUUUUCAAUCUGUUAUACUCCGAUUAAUGUCAUAAUGCAGAAGAAGUAUGUUGCCAUUUCUGAUCUUAACAUAUUUCUCAGUGCUUGUUAUUUCAAAGAAUGUAAUCACUUGCUCCAUCUCUGAAAUCAGUCUUUUAAUGUACAUGCUAAUGCUAACAUUGGUUCCUGGGAUGUCAUUUUCAUCCUCUUCACAGCUAUCUGCAAAUUCACUUUCACGCCUGGAUCCAAUUUGUUUCACAGCAGCUUCUUUUCAUUUAGUUUCAACGCCCUGCAUUUUUGUUUCCCACUAAAUAUUCAAAACAUUGUGUCAAUAUAUUCCAACAUUAAUAUCUAAUAUUUGUGUUUAAUUAUAUUCACCAUAUUCUAAAACAUUGUGUAAUUCAAAUGUAUUGCGAAUGUCAUCUUAUAUCGUCUUUAAGGCCAUAUUUGGGUUACUUGUUAAAUGAAAAGUGAAAACUCCAACAUAUGAGCACAAUUAUACUAGGGUUGGGGUGUGUGUGUGUGUGUGUGUGUGUGAUUAGCACUCCAUUGUCCAAAAACAGAUGAAUGUGAUUGAUGGUGACUGCAUAGUAAAUAUGGCUUUGUGGUGAACUGUUCCUCAUUGCACCUUUUUAAAUGCAACGAAUGCAUGUUCAUGAUGGCUGGAUUGUGAUGUCUACAACCCAUGAAUGACUUCUUAAUAUGUUCUGCUCAGUGGUGCAUUGGUCAGAUUGGGUACACAAUGUACGCUGAACUCGAUGAACUUCAGUGGAUUUAGCCCGUGUCGAAUUUCAACCCCUGACCCGCACUCUGGGUUCAUGGUCUUUCGUGCAAAAUCCUUUUUGAUUUAGCAAUUCAACUUCCAGUAUUAUUAGUAUGUUAUACUAAAGAAUCAUCUACGUCAAACAGAACAAAUGAGGUUAUUCUUCGGAUGCUUUGAGACAUACAAUGAAAACAUAAAAAAAAAAAAAAAAAAAAAAAAGCAUGACAACCAUAGUUUUUGUUGUUGUUGUAGUAAUACCUAUGAUUUUUUGUUCAAAUCUAGAAUAGCGCUUGGCCAUUGAGAUGCCACUAAUUUUUAACAUAGAUAGACUGUAGAUUUGCCAAGUCCUUUGUAGAGGAACUUCAUGAAAUUUACAGUAGCUAGGAGCAAGAGAAGCGUUAUACAUUUUUGCUUUGCAUAUGACUGAAGUGCUGGGAAGGGACAAGGGCCACUGAAAAUAGCUAAGAAGGUAUGUACAUUUUUAAAGGGUGGAUGAGGCUGAAGCAGCAUAGAUGUAGGGAGCUGCGGUCUAUGUGCACUGCAAGCUAUAUUAUAACUUCUUUCUAUCUUAAAUAUCUUUUUUUUUUUUUUUUUUUACUGAAUUAGUUUACUGGUGCAGAUUACUUUUGAUGUUGAAUGGCACAUGGAUGAGUGCCACCUGGUGGCGGACUUCAUGUGCUGCAGGUAGAAAAGGAAACUGCCAUGCAGUUACUUCUCUUGACCAUUAAGGGGCAGCAAAGAUUUGGAAAACUCUUGUAAUUUGACAUGAUCUUUAAUUUAUGAACCCCUUGCCAACUCAAAUGUGUUUGAACUGCCAAAUAUAAGGAAAGGUAUUUUGUUUAUUCAGAACUAGAGUAAAUUGUCUCUGCUGGUGUUUACCAAUGUGACGAUCAAAACAUUUGAUACUUUAUUAACAAACAACCAAAAUGGGGAUUUGUGAAUCGCUAACUAUCAGGGGUGCUUGGUCUGAAAAUAAGUUGAAUACCCCUUUUCUUAGCACCUUGAGCUCCCUCUAUUCUAUUUUUAUUAUAAUUGUUUUUAAGUUAGUUUUUUUAAAUUCGAGUCUUAGGGCUGGUUCACAUAGAGCUCCUCGUUUUUUUUUUUUUUUUUUGCAUUUAACUGUGCUGCUUUUUAACUUUGUCCCAUGUAAACAUGCACUAGGCAGAUGUCUUUUAGCACUGUGAUGCAUCUUGCUGCUUUUUCAGCGUCUUGUGCAUCCAAGCCGUUAACAAAAAAAAAGUCGUUUCACUAUUAAGGCAAGUUCAACUUUUAAGGCAAGACACCACUAGUGAAUAAGCUAUACAUUUAAUUACAAGGCAUAAUGUCAUUAAAUUUGCACUAAUUUCCAGGUUCAAAAUUUGUUAGAUUUUUGGUGACAUAUUGAAGAAACUGGCCUCCUAUAUGCAUCGGAAUUUAAAUUAGAUGCAAAUAGUUCUACUGGUUUGAGUGUUUUACCUUAAAAAGCACAUUUCGAUGCUCUAUUCUUUCUCAUUUCUCAGUACUAAUUUCUUCUGUGCAAGAACGCGUUCGGUUUGAACAACUUAAGCUGGAAAUAUCCAAGCUCACUCCACCUCACAGUUCAAGAGAGACAGAAGGGGUGCAAACACAGGAAAAACAAUGACAGAUGCAAUCAAAAAAGCCUCGGAUGAAGACAUACCUCUCCUGAACUGAUGUCUUGUACAUUUAAUGCUUUUAAUAAGAUGUCUAUCAGCCUGUUAAUCUUCUAACAUCUUUCCAGCGUUCUCUCCUCCGCAUAAACCCACUCCUCUCUCUCUUUCUCUCCUCUGCGGCCCGCCGCUCCAUGUACUUCACCUAUCUGUGCACUUCUGCGCUGCUCCGCCGGCAACCUCAAAGACUUCUUACAGAUUUCAAAACAUAUAUUGCUCUUUGUACAUCCCUGCCUACCAGAGACCAAUGCAUGUGCGCACACACAAGCAGGUGUGUGGAUCUACCUCCUGACACCUUCAGCCAUACCUCCCUGGCCCCUGUGCCCUGAUACAGGUCAUGUGAUGCAGGGGAAUUGUUUGAACAUGGUGUUAUGGGAAAUAGAUGUAAAUGGCAACUUUGAAUAUGGGAUGUUGUAGAUUCAUACCUCACCAGGGGCCGGGGAGCUCCAUCAGCAUGGCUCCGGAGAGAAUGUCUCUGGUGUGCCCACAGGGAUCCUGCAGCUAUUUUUUUUUUUUUCAGUA